GGGGCAGAGGUGCUGGAAGCCGGGUGGUGCGUGGUACGUGGGCUACCCCAACUCGUGGAGCCGGGGCCCUGGUUCCCCGGGUCAGGGUCGCGCCCGGGUGCACGCGUGCAGGGCUGUGUGCUGUGGGUGGCUCACCUGACGGCGUGGGGGAGCGGCGCGGCGGCGGCGGCGGCGGCGGCGGCGGCGAGAGCCGGGGCGCAGGUGCACUUAAAGAAUGGAUGAUGAUGAUUUUGGUGGUUUUGAGGCUGCAGAGAUUUUUGAUGGUGGAAAUGGUGAAACCCAAACUACAUCUCCUGCCAUUCCUUGGGCUGCUUUUCCUACAGUAUCUGGAGUCCAUCUUUCUCCAGCCUCUCCUGAGAUUGUAUUGGACCAUGACCACACUUCUCCUUCAGUUGGCUGCCUCUCUUCUGAGCCCAUCAUUUCAUCACCAGAGAAUACACAUGCAGACAACAGCAUUGUCAGUCAAACUUUUCCUAAAGCACAGAUUCAGCAAUCAGCACACACUCAUCUGGAUAUCUCACUUUUUCCGUUGGGUUUAACUGAGGAGAAAAGUAAUGGAACAAUUGCUCUUGUGGAUGAUUCUGAGGAUCCUGGAGCCAAUGUAUCAAACAUACAGCUUCAGAAGAAAAUUUCAAGUCUGGAGAUGAAACUCAAAGUAUCUGAAGAAGAAAAACAGAGAAUUAAAAAGGAUGUGGAAUCAUUGAUGGAAAAACAUAGUGUCUUGGAAAAAGAUUUCCUUAAAGAAAAAGAGCAAGAGGCCAUUUCUUUUCAAGAUAGAUACAAAGAACUUCAGGAAAAACAUAAACAAGAAUUGGAAGACAUGAGGAAAGCUGGUCAUGAAGCCCUCAGCAUUAUUGUGGAUGAAUAUAAGGCACUACUGCAGUCUUCAGUUAAGCAACAAGUAGAAGCUAUUGAAAAACAGUACAUUUCUGCAAUAGAGAAACAAGCACACAAGUGUGAAGAGUUGUUAAAUACUCAGCAUCAGAGGCUCCUUGAAAUGCUUGCCACAGAGAAGGAACUGUUAAAAGAAAAAAUAAAGGAAGCUUUGACUCAGCAAUCUCAAGAACAGAAGGAAAUAUUGGGAAAAUGUUUGGAGGAAGAAAGGCAAAGAAAUAAAGAAGCAUUAGUAUCUGCUGCAAAGCUUGAGAAAGAAGUGAUGAAGGAUGCAGUUUUAAAAGCUGUAGAAGAAGAAAGAAAAAAUUUGGAAAAAGCCCAUGCAGAAGAAAGGGAGUUAUGGAAGACUGAGCAUGCAAAAGAUCAAGAGAAAGUAUCUCAAGCAAUUCAAACAGCUAUACAAAAGCAAAGAAAAAUUAGUGAGAUAGACUGCCCAUUUCCUCUCCAUUUGUUAGAUCUGGAAACUGUUAAGGCAGCAAUAAUAGAAGAGCAAAAGCGAAGUGAAAAGGCUGUGGAAGAGGCAGUGAAGAGAACAAGAGAUGAAUUGAUAGAGUAUGUAAAGGAACAGAAAAGGGAGAAGUCUGUCUUUUCUCAACAAUCAGGACUCAAGUUCUUGACCUUGAAGAUGGGAGAGAGAACAGAAUGCUUCCUGGGGCCAUAGUGAGCUGGAUUAAAUUUGAAAACAGCCCCCAGGAUAAAUAGGGGGACACACAUGGCAUUUGUAUUGUUUUUGCCAAUGUCUAGGACUAACUUGGAGCCCACAGCUAGGGACUCUACAGUAAGAGAACACAAGUCUGGAACCUUGGAAACCCUGGAGGUAAUGCCUGAAAACAGGGCUCAGAUGCAAGGUUCACAUCAGUGGCCUGGCCUUCCUUUGGCCUCGUGGCUCUGGGUUGAUACCAGAACAAAAGUUAUCAGCAUCUUUUUCUGUUCAGUGAUUGUUCACCCCACCACUUUUGUGUUGGUCUUAUAAUCUAGGGUCCCAAGAGUGUGGUUCUGUUUCACCCUCUUAGAAACCUUGAUAAAGCAAGGAAGGAAACAAGUGUUUAUGAAACCAACUUACAGGAAGAGAUGAAAGAACGAUGGUCUCAUUUUGAGAUAUUUGAAUAUUAACUCAAAUUAAUCUAAUUGGUAGACUUUUAAGCAGCAUGGAGAAAAUGUUUGGGAGCAAGGUUUCAUUCUUAAAGCAAAGAUGCUGGGGUCACAAACCCCCUUUUCUCCCUGAAGCCACUCUACCUCCCUUCACAUCUUCUUCUUGGCUGGUCGUAAGGGGGACCCCAUUGCUGCUACUGUAUUCCCCUUCUGUCACAUUCUUGUCUGGUGUCUGAAGCCCAGACUGUUCUGUUUUAACUUCAUCCCUCAGUAAAAGGCUCUAAUGGGAGAACAGUUCUUCCUGGAUGUUUUAGAGGGACUGUAAAAUGCACAUCUGAAAAAUUCACUCCCUGCACCCAUACAUGUUCCUUAUCCUGAAGGGCCUCUAAUAGUUACAGUAUCAUCACCUAGUUGACCAAGUGAAAAGUUUGGAGACACUUGAUUCUCUAGGAGGUAUUUAAGAUAUCAUGAGGGCAUGGGAGUGUUUAUGGAACACAGAGAGCGGAAGGCAGAGAUAUUUUGAAAGACAGAGGUUAAUUACAGCCUGGAGUAUGUAAAGGAAGACAGGAGAUAGAGACUUAAGUGCAGGCUUUGUGUGGGCAGGGUUAAGUGUAAGGCUCUGAAAACCUCAGCUGGAGUGGACGCUACAGGGCUGGUGAAGGGCAGGAGGUGGGAAAAGUUCUAAAAAGUCCUGCUUCCCUUGAACAGGACGCUCCUCUAACCCUCCAGACUCAAGGAAAGUUCCUAUUUCCUUUCCUCCUCAGCUUCUGGUGGGAGCAUUUCCAUGUUGAAACACCCUAACACAUGGGAUCAUUUCAGAGACAGAACAAGGUUGUGCCAGACAGACAAGAGGCUGGGAAGCAUCAUGAUUCCAUCUCACAUAGGACACAGUCCGACAAGCAACGAACAUAUAAUCUGAACAAAUUCAUAUCUUUAUCUCUCAGGACGCAGUCAAAGGCGGGGCUGGGGUAGAGGAAGUACGUUUUUAUGCCAUAGAAAAGCAGCAAAACAUAAAAAUCCAUUCUUCCCUAUCUUCACUACUUUGCAUACUCACUACUCUCUAAUAUUUUCUAGAACUCUCCCUCACUCUCAACUCCCAACCUCAAUUCCCAUUCUCUUUUCCAUAUAGUUCUUCUAGCUUCUCCAGAUUGCCCCCAGCCAUUUACUUACUUCAAACUGCAUAACAAGGUCCACUGAAUUAUUUAUUCUGAGCCCUUUAAUGAGACAGAUACCUUUACAAUUUCAGUUUUUCCAUCUGUUAAUGGGAGCAAUAACACACCUGAGAGUCCAUCUACGACCUGACAUACAACACUUGAACUUUUCAUAGUAAACACCAAUAUAAAAAUAAAUGCCAAGUGGAAUUAUCAUUGUUGUCUCAUUGCUUGUACUGUUAUUAGUGAUUCUCUUUAGUGGGCCUCUUUCCUUCUCAUACAGCAUGCGAAAAAGAUUAAACUAACCUAUGAUGUAUUUUAUCACCUUGCCUAAAUAAGGGAUAGAAGGUAGAAAAGUGUUCUAGGAAGUCUCAUGGCCAAAUUGAACUCAAAGGUAAGCGUACAUCUCAGCAAUAUCUCUGAAGAAAGCACCUCUUUUAUGUACAGAUUUUUUUUUGCACCUUAACAUCAGAAAAACUUAGUAAUUUCCAAGAGUUCUUUUUUUCCUGCCCAAUAGCUAGAAAAUGUCUAAGGAGUGAGUGCCUUCCCUAAAACAACAAACUAUCUCUGCCCUCAGACAAAAUAAGACGACCUCAGAGAUUUGAGUUUCCACAGCCUCAGCAGUUGUAGACUAUAAGCAGAAUAGCAGGAGACUUUUCACCAAUGGUAAUGAUCUAGUGAUAAGUGUUUCAUUGCCCCAUUGGAAAUCUAUUUCUGGAAACUAAAAUCAAUGGGAAAUCCUUGACUAGAGAAGGCUCUGAGGUUUAGCAGCUUAGCGAGCAAAGCUGGUAAAAUGCUGACAAAGAUAGUGGAGAAAACCAGGCAGAUGGUAACUAGACGUAGUGGUGAUCCUUUCUGAAAUGUAUAGAAAUAACAUUGAAUCACUGUGUUGUGCACCAGGAACUAACAUAGUGUUGUAGGUCAGUUAUACUUCAAAAACAAACAAAUACACUCACAGAAAAAGAGAUCAGAUUUGUGGUUACCAGAGGCGGGGGUGAGGAGAGGGGGAAUUGGAUGAAGGCAGUCAGGAGGCACAAACGUCCAGAUACAAGAUAAAUGAGUACUAGGGAUGUAAUGUACAACAUGAAUAUAAUUAACACU